GUUAGCGUGAAACCACAGCAGCCACCAGAAGCCAAGCACGGGCACCCACUCAUGCAGCUCCCCCAGCUCCAAUUCCAUGGUCACUUAGUCCAGUUCAUCUUGAAAGGAUUGCUGGAGGGCAUUGGUAAGAACGAUAUGAAGAAGUAGAAGAAGCAGCAGAGGACAAGGAAAUGAAAAGAGCAUGAGACUGGUAUUGUGUUGCCUCACCGGGGUCAUCACCACGGGACCACUAAUCGGACGAAGCUGAGGAGGAGGAAUGGAAUUAUUCAUGACCGUCUUGUCUCCUUGAGUUGAUCACUGUCGGCGUGUUUCGAUCAUGUCGAAAGAUAUGGUUGUGAAGCAGAAGCACAGCAGGAGCUCCCAACACUUCAGGGCAAAGGCGAAUAACAGGGUGGAUGACUUGCAAUCCAUGGUUUCAGGAUUGCAGCAGGCCCGGCGAGAGGGUCGCCACAAGGAUGUAUCCUUGUUGGAGGAGCAAAUGCAUCAAAUGUUGAGGGAAUGGAAAGCAGAGCUACGAGAGGCCUCUCCUGCCUGUUCCUUGCUGCAAAUAGUAAGUCCAUGCAAUUCGGAGCUUUCCUCCCACAUGGAGCGGCUAUUACAGUUGCAUGAUGAGGACGACGACGCCACCAGCAAAGCACCCCCAACGCCAGAAGUGAAUGAUCAGCAACCAUACAAUGACUAUCAUCCUCUCAUCUCCUCUUCUGCUCACCUGGAAGCUGAAAUCAUUGAGGCCUAUUUAAGAAUAGAGCAAACGCUUCAGGAGGAUAUUCAAUCUACCUACCUAGUAGCAACAAGUUCGGGACUAUACGACGACGCCUUGCAAUGUUCACCCAGGCCGCAGCAAAACCCUAAGAUCCAUACCAUGUUGGAUCAUUUUACUAUGGCUGCGAUGGUCUCUCCUGUGGCAGCUCACCUGCACCCAAAGUGCGCUCUGUGGGAUUGCCCUAGACCUAGCCGAGGUAGCAAUGAAGUUACUUAUUAUUGCAGUCGUUUCCACGAAGAUCUGGCCCUUAAUGAAGGUGCUCCAGGAAUGUGCCCAGUUGUGAGACCGGGUGGGAUAGACCUCAAAGAUGGUCCUCUCUUUGCAGCUCUCGCAGCACGAGUUAAUGGACAUGCCGUUGGGAUCCCUGAAUUGCAAGGUGCAGCAACGUCGAAGUCUCCUUGGAAUGCAACCGAUCUUUUCGAUGUUGCUGUGUAUCCUAGUGAAACCUUACGAGAGUGGCUAUUUUUUGACAAACCUCGGCGUGCUUUUGAAAGUGGGACACGGAAACAACGAUCGCUUCCUGAUUAUGGAGGACGCGGCUGGCACGAGUCAAGGAAGCAGAUCAUGAAAGAUUUGGGAGGAUUAAAGCGCUCCUAUUACAUGGAUCCUCAACCCGAGGGUCUCAACGAAUGGCACAUGUAUGAAUAUGAACUGUCAGUUUGCACUGAUUGUGCUCUUUACAGACUAGAGCUGAAGCAGGUGGACGUUUCGAGGAAGAGUAGCAAGACCAAAGCUCAAGUGCAGGCUGACUCUUCUGUGGCAUCAUUGCAGCACCAGAUCGGACGUCUCUCUGCAGAUUUGUCCCAGUUUCAGUGUCAGAAUCAUGUGCUUAGCAAUUUAAGAGAAUCACGUGACAACAACCGGGGAAGGGGCAAGGCUUCUCAAAAGAGAGGGAUCAUCAAGAGUCCUGGACCUGGACCGUUGGUUAGUGCUGUCCUGGCAGGCUCUUUCUCCGGGGAGCACACUCCAUUUAAUUACACCGCUGAGCUUCCAUGAUGCUGGUUGGUCAUUGUGGAGCUUUCUCUGAUUUUGUUUUUUAUUUUUAUUUUUUUAAUGGUCCCGGUAGUAAUACAAGAAUCAAUCAAAAGACACAGCAGGUUUUUCAAGGACACAAAUCUUGGCUUCUUCGCAGGUUUUAGGAGGGGUUAUCGUUGCUGAGCACCACACGCCAUGGCAUUAAACCUGCUGUAAUAAUUAGUUUUGCUUCACGGGACCAGACGAGGAUAUAAGCUUCUGCAUCAAUAUCUAGUAUGGAAAAAUUCUGAGGGCUUCACUCUUCACGGGAGAUGUUUAGAGUGGGUGUAGGGUUCAGCUUCACUAAGGAGACUAAAGCAGCGUUUACUUUCCUUGCUAUACGCAAUUUGCACAUGAGAGUGGAGUUUCUUUCUUAGGCUUGUAGACGGGUCCAUCUCGACACUAUAAUAGUCACUUUUCAGAGAACAAAUUUCACAGCCCAACUGAUAACCUUGGCUAGUAGCUUUAGAAACCUGGUAUGAAUAUGAACUGAAGAAAGCUGUUUCAUGAAUUAGACUCUUCCCUUUCAACGUCACAAAAAAUUCCUUCAAAGACUAGCUGUCUUAUUGACUGUCUUCUGCAUACUGCGGAUGUGUUGCUCUUGCUUACUUUUUGAGAAGGUUACAAAGAAUUGACCAGUUUGAAGGGGUCAGAACUCA